AUGAGAAGACAAGGAGACUGGGGCAGCUUUAAAAAUAUUAAAGAAACCCAUCAAACAUGCCUUCCGAGGUUGGUUAUCAAACGCUAUCAUCACCAUUAUCUUUUCCCCAACAACCACCGCAACCUACAAGCCAGCCAGCUACACUUGGUCACGAUGUCUCCCAAUGGACAAGCGUACCUAAUCAAGCCUGAUGCUCCUGAGGGUGUCACCAGAUUCCCACAGGCUCGCCUCCCACCCCUUUCCAACCACUGCACCAUCUACGUCUCCGGCACGGCGUGCUGCCGCCCCGAUGGCACCUGGCCUGGCGUCACUGAGAACUCAGACGGAACGUUCACGGCCGACAUUCGCAAGCAAACGGCGGCGGUCCUCGAGAAUGUCGACAACAUAAUCAAGGGCGCUACAGAUGGCAAGGGCGGCAUUCACAACCUGAUUGACGCUGUCGUGUACAUCCUGGACAUGGAAAGCCAGUACGCUGGCAUGAACGAGGAGUGGAACAAGGUCUUUAAGUCCCGAGAUAGUGCACCGGCUAGGGCCACCAUUGGCGUGAGGGAGCUCCCUGACCCCCGAAUGAUUGUCGAGGUCAAGGCCGUUGCAGUCGUCGAUAUCUAG